GGGUGGCAACCUUUGGACCUGGACAACAUGUCGGAGACUGCAGAAAAUUGUCAAUUCUGUAAGGAAUCGGCUUUUAAGUAUUCGUGCCCCAAGUGCAAUGCGCUUUACUGCAGCGUCGCUUGCUACAAAUCCCAGUCCCAUCUCAAGUGCUCCGAGGAGUUCUACAAAUCUUGUAUUCAGGAUGAGUUGCUGUCCAGUGCAACAACAACGCCGGAGAGUCAGCAGGACAUGCGUAAAAUAUAUGAUAUUUUAAAGCGGAUGCGGCAAUCGGACGCCGGUUUCAAACCCGAGGAUUUCGAUGCCGAUGGACUAGACAAUCCUCUGGACUCGGACGACGAAGGUGGAUUACAAGGUGACGAGGGUGAGGAUGAGGAGGAGUUAGCUGAUGACACAGAACAGACGUUCACAGAGGAGGCAGAUGAGGACGUGGACAUUGCGGCGCGAUUGAAGGGAAUUGAUAUAAACGACGCCGAUGAAGUCUGGAGCCGAUUAACAACGGAGGAGCAGCAGGAAUUCCAAAAACUCAUUGCAAGUGGCGACAUAAUGAAACUCAUGCCCGACUAUAAGCCUUGGUGGUGCAAACCGAAGAAUUCCAAAAUUGUGGUCCUAGAUUCACCAACAGAUAUGCCGGAAAUACAAAAGAAUAUUCCGAAAUUCUCGGACAUAUGUAAGAAGACGCCAUCGCCAUGCCUGCACUACAAUCUCUGGAACAUAUUGAGCGCGUAUGCGUGCAUAUCGCGUUUCUUCAGCGGCGAACAGCGCACGAAUUCCAGCGAGGCAGUUGCUCAUUUGGUCAAUCUCAGUGCGACGUUGAAAUACGGCACCAACUUUGAGGAUGCAGAAGAUGCCAUCAUUUCGGUGGAAAUGGAGGCAUGCACCACGGGCAAUGGACCAGCUGGAGCUGCUGCAGUUGGCAGUGCAAAAGCUGGUAACAAUUUUCUGGUCGAGAGUCGGGAGCAGCUGCAGGAAGAUGCUCGCCAGCUCAUGUCCACACGGAAUCACAAAUUGGCGGCACUAAGCGAUAUACUUCAAUUGAUGCAACAGUCCAAGGCGCUGAGCAAACGGAAAAAUCCACAGGAAGCCGAAUUUCAAAAGUUAUUUGCGCUUGCCAGCGGAAGUGUCGAACUUAAUCGCACCAAACUAUCGCAAUUAAUUAAGAAAAUCGAAUUUAUGCUCUCGUAUGUGAGAAGAGAGGAGGUUCUUUGAAAUUGCUGUCAAAUAAAUAUUACUUUUAGAACAAAUUA